UUAGUUGUGGCGCUACCGCGGCUCAGGUCACACGUGUGUUAAUUUCGCGUCAUUCUCGGGUUAAAGUAUUUCCUGAGGUAAAAAAAAUACUAAAUUCAAAGAUCUAGGCGUGUUCAUUUGUCAGUGAUCAUACACAAGACGCUCCUACUUGUUCGUCGACGUUUAUGCAGAAAAAAAAUUGUUCGUUUUAGGAAAAUUGAGUCUCUUUCGAAAAGAGGGCUCGUUUCGUGGAUUGAAUUGCAUGAAAUGAUGUUUCCAUUGUCGACGAUGACAUGUUGACGCCGCACUUUGAUUAGCGAAUGCUAAAAGGAGGGAAAAACAAUAUUACGGAUUGUCAGUGUUGUGUACCUAAAGAUAAUAUAGACUGUCAACCGAUCAAUGGAUUUGAUCAUAAGAAAUAUAUUUCUCGUGGGGAAAAAUUUCGAGGAAAUGUUCACAUGAUGUGCAUGUAUGCACGCUUUAUUAUCUUCUUCGACGAUGCGACUCUUUUUCGAUGGGGAAAGUUGGUAACAUCCCCGUCGUAGUGAGAAACCCUACGGAUAUUGUCGAGUACAUUCACCUUGAAAACUAUUGAGAACGAAGGAAUCUUCUAAUCAAGUGUUUUAUGAAAUUCGAAUAUCGUGAGUGGCUCGCGUUCGUUUCUGCAAAGGUGAGCGGGAGAUGAGAAAAGAUGAUCUAGGAAAAACAUUUGAGAUUUUUACGGGAGCGCAAUUAAAAAACUUUGGCUCCGUGUCAACGCUCAGCCAUGUCGUGAACUUCUUACACAUCAUCGUCUAGUGAGAGCAACCAUAGCCACUUUAGAUUAACAGAUAAUUUCUGCGCACAACUCAGCGACAAUGGACCAUGGGAACAAUUUAAAGCAGAAGGUUAAAUACGAAUAUCGUGGAAAACGGAAGUGGUUUCUUGAAAACACAGUGUCCGGUGAAUGGUGCGCUAGAUCACCGUGGAAAUCUAAAGAUAGUCUCAUGGAACAAGUCGUCAUCGAUAAACGUGAGCGUGAGAAUAAAUAGAGGAGAGGGAGCAAGAGAGAAAGAGAGAGCUACAUGUAAUAAAAGAUCGAAUGGAGGAAGGGCAAAAAACAAAAAAAUGAGCGGUGAAAUAGCCAGGUGAAAAUGUCUAGACAAAAUAAAGAUCCGAUUCACAAGUGCCACUCGGAUCCAGGAGCUGGUGAUAGGAACAUCACCCCAAUUUCGUCUCAUACAUCCUAUAAGAGGAUUUCACGCAGGCACGUGCUUCCAAGCCUCAUCGGCUCAUCGGCUACUCGAAAAUGCGUACUCACUCUCGACGGAUACAAUUACGUUAUAGUUGCUUCACCACCCGACAGAAGGUCAAGGGACGAAAUCGAUACUUCGACCUCUUCGCCUGCUACUGCUUCAGGAAUCGUAAAUGAGAAUGUGAACAUGAGCGGCACAAGUGGUAACAUCAGUACUACACAUUCGCACAACCCUCCUUCGCCAGGAAGAAAUGGUCAGCUCUCGAAGCAAGGAACAUUGACGAUAGUACGCCGUAGUUCAGCCAAAGGUAAAAGUAGCGCGGAAGCAAGCAUCGAAAGUUCAAUCCUAACCAAUGAUCCUGAAACCCACUUGAGAGGUCGCUCGGUGGAUUCUGGCGAGGAUUUCGAUAAUGUUGAUUUUGAUACAGAAUCUCUGCCAGCUGUUGAUACGCCUGAUGCCUGUGACAAAGCUGCUCUCAGACUACGAUGUCUAUUGCGGCAGCUUGAGCAUGGUGAAAUCUCUGCCGAUCUACUGCAACGGAAUCUGCAUUAUGCAGCCCGCGUUCUCGAAGCUGUUUUUAUCGAUGAGACCAAGGUGAGUUCAAGUGAGAGUACUCAGUCGUCACGCAGGGGGGCGGGACACUCAUCACCGGCCCCCGGUGCUGGCUUGGACACCGACGGACUCCUGAGCCACGCCGUGGCAACUCAGAAACGGAAACUUCGCACCCCCGUUUGGGCAAGACGUUUGGCUGAUGAAGAUGACGAACUUUCGGAAGUACAACCUGACGCUGUACCACCGGAAGUUCGGGAAUGGCUUGCUUCAACGUUUACGAGACAACUGGCAACUACGAAACGCAAAGCUGAUGAAAAACCCAAAUUUCGUUCGGUGGCACAUGCGAUUAGAGCUGGAAUAUUUGUGGAAAGAAUAUCCAGAAGAGUUACCAACACUGCGUUAAUGCAAUUUCCACCGGAUGUCGUCAAAGUUCUCAAGACACUUGACGACUGGUCCUUUGAUGCAUUUUCUCUGAACGACGCCGCGAUGGGUGCUCCGGUCAAGUAUCUGGGCUACGACCUUCUCAAUCGCUACGGUAUGAUCCACAAGUUCAAGGUUCCACCGAUCGUCCUCGAAAAUUUUCUCUCAAGAGUCGAGGAGGGCUACUGUAGGCACAGAAAUCCCUACCACAAUAAUCUUCACGCUGCUGACGUGGCGCAAACGAUGCAUUGGGUUUUAUGUCAAACAGGCUUGAUGAACUGGCUGUCAGAUCUCGAGAUUUUCGCAACUCUCGUUGCUGCUAUCAUUCAUGAUUACGAGCACACAGGAACGACGAAUAAUUUCCACGUCAUGUCUGGAAGCGAUACUGCGUUACUGUACAACGAUCGUGCUGUCUUGGAAAAUCACCACAUCUCUGCAAGCUUUCGGAUCCUGCGAGAGGAUGAAUGCAAUAUUCUACAAAAUCUUGCCAAGGAAGAAUUCCGUGAAUUUAGGUCAUUGGUCAUCGACAUGGUUCUUGCAACAGAUAUGAGUUUCCAUUUUCAACAACUGAAGAAUAUGAAAAAUCUGUUGAGUCUGGCCGAGUCGAGUGUUGACAAAAGUAAGGCGGUCAGCCUGGUUCUUCAUUGUUGUGAUAUAUCACAUCCGGCUAAAAGAUGGAAUCUUCAUCAUCGAUGGACGAUGCAGCUGCUCGAAGAGUUCUUCAGACAAGGUGACAAAGAACAAGCUCUUGGGCUGCCAUUUUCACCACUUUGCGAUCGAAACAACACUCUCGUUGCAGAGUCACAAAUUGGGUUCAUCGAAUUUAUCGUAGAACCAAGCAUGCAAGUGUGCAGUGAUAUGCUGGAAACGGUUUUAGGACCUUUGAACAAUUCAAAAGAACGAGAUUCUGAGGAUCCCAAGAAUGGAUCACUGGAUGAGCGAAGGUGCAAAAUUCAAAAACCCUGGGUUCAGUGCCUUGCCGAGAACAAAAAGUUCUGGAAAGAACAAGCUAUCAGAGACGCUGAUGCAAAGGUGCAAAAGGAGCAGAGGCAAAAAACUGAAGAUCAACUAAACGUACAAGCUCCACAAACUGAUGCAUAGGAAUGAACCGAAUAUCAUAGAGAGAAAAAGCGAAACGAAUGGAAUGCUAUUGAAGUCCAACUACGAUUUGAAUAACUCAAUAUUCACUUUUCUUCGAACUCCAACGUUUGAUGCAUCUAUUCGCACGAAUCAACGUUGCCGACGAGUCAACAACAAUCCUAUUUAUGAAUAAAAAAUUUAAUUCUUCUAAAAACACUGGCACACGCCUGUUACAAAUUGAAAUAGAAAAUUCUUCGCAGUAGCUCUCAUAGAAAAGAAAUUGAGCCUGUAAAACGCAAAGAAAGUUUUUCGUUAAUAAGUAUAAGAUAGAUGUUUAAAUUCACCCAUGUCAUUCAUAAGCCAAUAUUUAUAGAUCUGGCAUUGUAGGUUAAAAAAAUUUCACGUGUUUCUGAGAAGAACAUUCAUCAUUAGUAUUUAGAGAAGAAAAUUAUCAUUAUUUUUUUUCAAAUACAUGAUAAUAUCAUUGAUAGAAGUGCAUAUUUUGUGGCUAUCAGGAUUUAAGAAAAAAUCGAAAUAUAGUAGUACAGAUUUAUAUGAACUGUCGUUAUUCUAAGGAAAGUUUGGACCACGACGUAAUAAAACAAAUCAAUUAAUUUCACGACGUAAGGAGAUACAAAAACAAAAUAGAUGUAAUUAUGAAAAAAGCAGGAUUAGGUGACUGCAAAUAACAUAGUCAUACGCAGCCUUCUAAGCUCUGAGGUAAAACAUAUCUGUCCUACUUCACCGUUACUUCUACAUUUUUCUGAUCAAUCGACCUGCGGUUCUGAUUUAACUUCGGUAUGAUUUACUGGCUGUGUUUAAAUUUCGCAGAGAGCAACAAACAAUUGCUUUUUUGAUUUUUUCCCAAUUUUCGAUUGCAUUAUUUAAAUGAUCAACAUUUUCUUCUAUUUAACUUUUUUUCGAUGAAUCCAACUUUGUAUUAAUUUUGCAAAAUGCUGAAAAUCAGUAUGGGAUAUUUUCUUGUUUUUUUAAUGUUUAUAAAUGUAGUAUAACUUAGAAUCAUAUAUCAAAUCAGUGAACUUACUGCUCCUACAAGUAAAUUUUGAACUGAUACCUUGAUAUAUAAUCUCCUCAUUUACCUUAAAACCAAAUUGGAGAUGAACAAGAUGGAAUUAAAUCAAAUUAAGAAAAAUCGAACAUCAUGAAAAAUAUUUAUUGAAAAUAAUGAAGCAAUGAAUAUAAGAAAUGAGUGUAGAUAUUUUGAAAAAUGAAAAAGAGAGCAUACUCAUUUACACUUGUGAAUACAGCAAGUCAAAAGUUCGUUAUCAGCAAUAACGCAAAAUAUAAAAUUAGUAAACUAAUGGAUCUAUGGGUACAAUUUUGAAAUGAGCUAUGGCACUUGUACCUAAAAUGCCAGAUAGCACUAAAUACACAAUACCGUCUUGAUGACAAUUAAGCAUUCGAUGUGACUUUUCUACGUUUUACCUCCGAGUCUGUGAUGUUUAGAGAAACAAAUGAUGUGGCUCAACCACUACACAUUCGAUAUUGACGUACUUCUAAUUAUGUCCAUGAUGACUUACCACUCAAGUUUUUGAAAGGAAAUUGUUAUCACAUUUAAAAAAUCAUUUUGAAUAUAUCGAAAUUUUGCAAAGAUUUUUGCUCUAGAUUUAAAUCAUGACUUUCCUCCUACCGCGAAUAAUCCUGCCGCGAUAAUAUUGUGAAAAAUCGUGUCACCUACUUUUUUCUAUUUCUGUUCUUCAUCAAAGCUUUUCCAAACAUUAGGAAAAUAAUUUACAUAAGUAUGUUAACAAAUUGAAAACGUCGCAAAGAUCAAUCGAAUAAAAUGUCCAGUAUCAGAUUUAGAGAAACAUCACUAAAGGAAUUAAUGUCGAUACUGAUGCUUGCCAUGUUAACUCUAUUUUUUAGUCUUUAUCCCUUAAGUAAAUCUUCGAGUACAGAGAAACUUAUUGUAAAGUAGUAAAAGGCUUUAUCAAUUUUUUAAUUCUGAUAGUUUUUUCUUCAGCUGAUUUUUUCCGCAAUAGAUUUUUGAUGAAAAUUAAAACACUUACGGUCGAAUUUUAUGGACUGAAGUCUAUAGUCAAGAGUUUUCACAUGAUUAAUUUUCGAACCUAUCCUUUUAUGAAAAAUUAUGUUUGAAAUGACAGAUCUGAGAAAUCCAAAUAAAAUUGAACUUUUACUACGCUGAUUAAAGCUGGUUCCUUCAUGGGCCUAUCAUUUGAUAAUUUUUCUUAUCGGAGUGAUACUCUAAGUUGUAAAUGCUUCAAUCAUGAUUUGUUUGAUUUUAGGCGAAAGUUUUAAUACUCCGGAUGGCUAGUCUUUGAGGAUAUUGUAUUAUGGUUUCGCAGAAAGUUAAAUUUGCAACAAAAACAUUCAUUGAGUGAAGGCUACAUAUUCAUACGUUUUGAAAUCGUUGAUGUGAAAUUAAGUAUAUUAUACUUUUUGAAAACUAUUAUUCAUGCUGUCUUCUCUAGCUCCAGACUGCCUGCACAGGUAUGAACUUAGAAGUUAUACGUUCAACCACAAAAAGCUGAUUUUUAUUUUUCCACAGUUAAACACUUGGUGAAAUUCAAUCAAUUUCCUAUUAAAAUUCGUCCAUAAUUAUUUUAUUGAGGAGCCUUCUAUCUUUGGAUGUACAAUUGAAAGCAAUCGUGUGUAGAUUGUAUAUAAUAUCAAGAAAAUAGAAUUCAAAACCAUUUCAUUAUAUUGUCUCGUCAAGCCAUCGAUGAAGCGAUAACACCGAAAUAAAUUUACUUGCAUCAUCGUUGAUACAUUUUACAUCCUUUGUAAUUCUGAUGCAUGCCUGCUUAUACAUUUUUCUGGAUUUUUCAUUGUCUCUAACAUUGUCGAACCAAAUAUAAGUUAGUUUCAAACGUAUUCCCAUGCAAAUAUUAAUAACCUUAAGAGCGUAUUCUAAGCUCGCAAAUACUGUUUGCAAAAUUCAACAAAAACGAUCAUCAAAAUAUCACCUAAAACUUUAAGAAAUAUAAAUGUGAUUCAUCAAUAAAAAGAAAAUUAUAAUCUUCAGGUUUUGAAGAGUUUACCGAAUUUCUAGUUAAGGAAAGCGAUAGUAAAGGAGAAAAAUUGGGAAUCCGGUUGAAUAAAAGAAAGGCACAAAGUAUUCACGAAAAUUAAUGUUUUGUGUAUUAUUUUGUAUUGUCAAUGAUGAUUAUUCCAGUUAAUGUUAAGUUUGGGAAUGUAAAAUGUUACACUAGUGUCGGAGAAUAUAAAGUGACUGAAGAAGAAAGCACAUGGUCCUAGGGUGCCGAAAGAAAAUUGUUUCGUUCUCUUGAAGCAUUGGUUGUAAGUCGAAAGAUCUCGCGUGUGAACUUGAUGUAAAUGACACGAAACUAGAAGGAUUUCCGAAAAUAAUUCUGGGAGGAGACCACGAGUCAUAGAACAGCUCGAUUAGGGUGUGUUGUUCGAGGACAACAUUUUUUUUGUUCAAUUGUCACUACAAAAAUCUUUAGUUUACACUACAAAAUAAAGCCUCGCAUAAAGAGACUGUUAAACAAUAUUUAGAGGUCCCUCAUAGACCUUGAAAUUUUCCCAUUAGAUUAACAUUGAAAAUUCGUUAAUCUUCAUUGUUUUAGAUCCUUUUCUGCCCAAUUCCAUCGCACGCCUUUUUCCUCAUAUGAUUUUCAAAAGGAUUGAUUUCUGUACAAAAAAGCCUUGUGAUCGAACUCUUAAAAAUCAGCCAUUUUCGAGUAAUUAAUGAUCUGCGGUUGCCUCGAAAAUUAUUUAUUAAGAUUUGAUGAAAACUACAAUCCCCCAAUCCCAAUUAGGAAAACCAAUGGUGACUAGGCCCAAAGUGACAUCGAAAAAACAGAUGUCUUUGCUGAACAUCUCGGACAAAUAUUUACACCGUUUGCACUGCAACAAAACGAUGAGAACGUAUCCAAAUUCCAUGAAUGUCCGCUACCGAUGGAAUUGCCGAUCAAAUACUUCUCACCAGAAGAAGUUAGACACGCAAUCUACAAACAACUGGACCCAAAAAAAUCCCCUGGCUACGACCUGAUCACUGGUGCAAUCCUUAAGAAACUACCAAAAAAAGGAAUAGUUUACCUCUCCAAUUUAUUCAACGGUAUUAUUCGUACAACCAACAUACCAAGCCAAUGGAAAAUCGCUCAAAUUAUAAUGAUUCCAAAACCUAGCAAACCGCCGAACUCUGUCACUUUCUACAGACCUAUAAGCCUUCUACCAAUAAUGUGUAAGUUAUUUGAAAACUUCUGCUGGCACGAAUGAAAAGAUCAAUCAAUGAUUUGGGUUUAGCACCAAUUUGGGUUUAGAAGAAAUCACUCAAAGGUAGAGCAAGUUAACAGAGUUUUUAACACCAUAGCCAACUCACUUGAAGAAAAAAAGUACUGCUCUGCAGUUUUUCUAGGCGUUCAGCAAGCUUUUGAUAAAGUUUGGCACCCUGGUCUGCUAUAUAAAAUAAAAGCGCUCAUACCACAAUAUUACUUGCUUAUAAAGUCAUAUCUUAGCGAUCGGAAAUUCCAGGUUAAAUACGAAACAGCACAAUCAUGAUUCUACCCAAUAAAUUCAGGAGUCCCACAAGGAAGUGUACUAGGCCCAGUCCUAUACACAAUAUUUACAGGCGUUCUUCCUGUAAACGAUAACACCACCAUAGCAACCUUUGCUGACGACACAGCCAUUCUAUCCAUUCACAAGGACCCUGAUGUAGCAUCAGAAAUACUCCAAAGAGGACUAAAUGAAGUGCAAGAGUGGCUGGAGAGAUGGAGGAUCAAGACCAGUAACAUAAACUCGGUCCACAUGACGUUCACAAUGAAAAGAAAGAACUGUCCAAUAGUAUUACUGGGUGGCCAACCUCUUCCAGUCGUCGAUGAGGUGAAAUACCUAGGUAUGCACCUUGAUAGAAGGCUAACUUGGACCAACCACAUAAAAAACAAAAGGAGAGAGCUGAACCUCUGAUUACGGAAAAUAUACUGGCUGAUAGGCAAGAAGUCGAAAUUAUCCCUACACAACAAACUGCUGAUAUACAAAAUAAUACUCAAACCGGGGCCGGGUUGAAGUUCCGAACGGUGAGAAAUCAGAAGGCUCAAAAGUCCGAAAAUCUAGCUGGGACUCGAAAUAUAUAGAUAUACCGCACUAGCGAGAUUUUCGGACUUUUGAGCCUUCUGAUUUCUCACCGUUCGGAAUUUCAACCCGGCCCCCUCAAACCGAUCUGGACCUAUGGAAUACAACUGUGGGGGACUGCAAGUAACUCCAACAUUGAAAUACUACAAAGAUUUCAGUCAAAGACACUUUGGGCCAUUGCAAACGGGCCCUGGUACGUCACCAACGCCAGGCUAUACAAGGAUCUCGACAUAGACACGAUCAAAAAAACAGCACAAAAACAAUCCACAAGCUACGAAACGCGACUCGUCAACCAUCCUAAUUCUCUUGCAUCAAACCUCCUCGAUGGAAGAUCUACCUCGAGAAAACUGAAAAAACACAAACCACUAGAUCUACGAGAAAGAUUCUGGACUGAAUAAACGCAACCAAAGCAACAUAGGGUAGCGUGCAUCGCUGGAUGCAACCCCUAACAACAAACCCCGGACCAGCUCAACAUCACAACUAUUUAUUGCAACACAUGUAGCAGCUUAUAGUCCCCAGCUCAAAAGUGAAAAAAAAGAUUUGAUAAUUAAUAUGAAUCAUAUACCGUCAAAGGAAUCAACAUACAAAAGAGAAAAAACGACAAGUAUAAAAACAUUAUUUUGCACCCUCACAGCAUGGCUCGUCACAUGAAGGUGGAACAACAAAAACUGGUGUACGGAAACAUUUCACUUUUACGUAUAAUACUUGUCGUUUUCUCUUCUUUGUGUGUUGAUCCCUUAGACUAUAUAUGAUUCAUUUUAAUUGAUUUUCUGAGUGGAAAACUAAUUUAUGAGAUAGGGUACUAUGGGGCGAAAGGACCAGCCUCUCAAAGGCAUCAAAAAUUUUAAAACCGACGUUUUUCGAAAUCCAGAAAUUCGAUGCGAUUGUUUUCAAAUAGAAUACCAACUCGGUAAUAUAACAAAAAAAAUGAAAUCAUUAAGGCCCAUUCCUUGGAUGUAAGAAAGUAAAGUAAGUCAAAUUCUGAGAUCGCAUUUAGUUCAUAUUUUUGGGUUAUACAAAAAUGAAUUUUAGGUACACCGUGCUGAGUUAUAAUUGGUGUUUGCACUAUAUUGGAGUCUCACAAUUGAUUUCCGGUCCUAGUUUUUCGAAUUUAGUAAAAAACUAUUUUUAGAGAAAAUAAGCAUAACUUCUCUAAGGUACUUGAAAAAUGUCAUUUUUGCGCUCCUUCUGAUUUGUGGAAAGCAAUCAAUAGUUUAGUAUCGAAGUAAGCAUCUUAUAAAAAUUUAUAAAAUUUCAGUUUCGACACGUGCGCUUUUUGCUCCAAAACUUGAAUCUUUUGAGAAUUCCAUCCUAGAAUUCAACAAUUGAGGGUAAUUUAGGGUCAGAAUAUAGUUUGGAUUCGAACGAAAAAUGUUAUGAAUUCGAUAAAAUUUCACAUUUUACGUGUAUCCAUUUUUACCCAUGUUUCCGUUUUGCCCCAUUACACUCUAUACGAUUAAACCUCGACAAAUAAUUUCCGAGCAACCGAAUUUAAUACGUUGGUUCAUAAUCGUUAUAUAAGAUUUUUUUAUACAAAAUUGGAUUUAUGUAUUAAUUAGUCGAAAACGGUUGAUUUUAAGAGUUCAGUCAAAAGAUUGUUUUUUGUAGAGAAAUCAAUCCUUUUCAAAAUCAUGUGGGGUAAAAGUCAUGGGAUAGAAUCAGGCUGAAGAGGAUCUAAAAUAAUGAAAAUUAACGAAGUUUCAAUGUUAAUCAAAUGGGAAAACUUCAAGAUCGAUGAGGGAUCUCUAAAUAUUGUUCAACAACAGUCAACUUCUGCGAGGCUUUGUUUUUGAGUAUUAACUAAAGAUUUUUGAAGUGACAAUUGAACAAAAAAAAUGUUGCCCUAAAACGACACAUCCUAAGCUUGACAUACGUUUUGAAAAGUCCGGGUAAAAAAAGAAGUGUUUUCCAUGACUAAUUCCGAAGAGAGUUUUAUUUCACAUGAGAGGUUGAAUAAUAGUUUUCACUGAUUCUAAUCAUCUCAGGCGUAAAUCACAAAAUUCGCGACAAUGAAAAUCGUAAUUCGGAGUACGAAGAUAGCAAAAUUUUGUUUGACGAAGAAAAAAUCGCAAGAAAUCCCUGAGAAAUUCAGAACGAAAAAGAUCGAUCAGUAGUCGACGCGCGAGCAUAAAGGAGGAGAGGGAGCUCAGUGGUUAAGCACCGCCGAAAUCAAGCGAGAGAUUGACUGUGAACUUAGAGUCCCAACCAGAGUAAAACUAUAAGAUUCCGCAUAAAUGGAAACUCUUUGAUAACUACGUAAAGGUGAUUGCGGAACAAUAUAAUCAACUGAAAAAUAUAUAAAACAUAGUUAUACCAAAACGACUUGAUAAACUAGUUUUGUAAAACAAAAAAUCAGCCUCUGAAAUAGUAAUAAAUGUGAAGGAUGAUCGAAAAAUGUUGAAGUAAUUAGGGAAGGUAUAAAAUGAAAUAGAAGCAUUAUUCAAUCGAAAAUAUAAAUGGAAACAACUGGUUUGAAAUCAUCAACUUCUGACUAUGAAACAAUACAUAAAAAAAAUAAAAGAAAUGAAAUCAACAAAUCCAAUAUAAAAUCAGCAAGCACGUAUGAAAAUUGAAUGAAAAACCAUGAGAAUUUGAUGAUAAUAUUUAUCAUAGUACAUGGAAUUUUUCUAUUUUUUUUUUAUUAUAUUGGAUAACAUAGAUAGACUGAAACAAAAUAUAUAGUCAAAGAUGACAUUGAAAUUCAAAAGAUAUCAAGAGACUUCUGUUUAACCAAUGAAGAAAAGGCAGAAAAUAUUUUCCUGCAUUCCCUGAAUAUACUUGCCUGUAAUUCCGUAUUGGGAUAAAUUGGUCGUUCCAUAUCAAAUCUACCACUUUUGAACCCAAGUUUUUGCCUAAUCGAAAAGGAAUGGAUUCAAAAAUGGUCGAUUUGAAAUCAAAUGACCAAUAUAUGUACAAUCAGGGAAUUAUUUUCACUCCGUGAUUUCAGUUGAUCUAUUAUCUUGUACAUGAUAUUGGUUGUUCUUAUUACCUUUUUCGCUAUUCAAUCCUAUUUUACUGAAUGUUUUUAUCGAGCUAUUAAAUAAAAUUUUGUAGAAUAAUUGAGAAAUAAAUUGGACCAAAUGUGAAACUUUUGCCAAAUUGAUUUAGACAAAUUGAUAUUGGCCAACCAAUACUUUCCAGUAUCGCUUCUGAUGAAAAAAUUAUCAUUAUGUCAAUUUAUACUAAUAUGAAUUCCAUAUUCAACAUUGAAAUUAUCUAUUCCACAUUAUAAGUUAAGUGCUGAAAAGAAAACGAGAAAUAUCUGACAAGUUAACCUCUUAACUCCCAAACGGACACUUUUCCGUCCCAUCUUUCAACGACUACUCCUAUGAAAUCGGUUCGAAAAAAUUCAUCGCUAAUUCUAUUUGACGCGAUUUCCUUAACUUUCAGAAUCCGCACCCAAAAUUUUCGAAAAAUGUAAUUUGACAAGAUUAUGCUUGUUUAAUUAAAAAGAAACGCAUUUUUUCGCGCUAAUAUUUUUUUCUAUUAACCUUUUCUCACCGGGAUUCAAUGAGGAUCUCUCCUCGGGUCAAGAUUUCGCGUCCAUGGAUCUUAAUCUUUAAAACCCAUAACUAAUAAUUAAGAAAUUUAAGAUGGUAGAGUUCAAUAUGGCGGUUUAAACUCGAAAAAUUUUCGGACUUUUCACCUACCGCGAUACGACUGUCUUGUUCAAUGGGAUUUGCAUGACAAGCCAUGUACAAAAAUUUUUGGGGUGACUAAUUAUAAAUCCGUUGUCAAAUUUUCCGAAUUCAAAAUGGCGGAUUCAAGAUGACGGAAAAAAAUUCGGAAUUUUGUAUUUUUUCGCGAAAAUUGGUAAAUAGGCGUAUUCGUGGGCACUGAUUACAAAUCCGUUAUCAGAUUUAUUGAAUACAAAAUGGCAGUUCUAAGUUGAAGAAAUUCGCGUCGAAUAAGAUUUGCGAUGAUUUUAUUUCGAACGGAUUUCAUAGGAAGAAUAGCGGUUGAAAGAUGGGACGAGCAUAGGUUUACCGGGGCUUUUUUUCAAUUAUUUAAAGUGAAUGUGAAAGGAGAUUCCUGAGAAAAAAUACCAUCCAUCAAAAGGAACACCUAAAAAUAUAUGUAUAAGAUACCGGAUUCGAUAGCAAAAAUGCACAGAAAUUUAUCGGUUGCGCGAUAAGAUAUACAUAACUAUUUUAUAAAAACCAAUAAAAGAAAAAGACCAAUGAAGGACGCUUUCAUCAUGGGCAAUAAAAAUUCCCAUUGCACUCAUUGUGUUCCUAAUCUCGAGUCAUUUUUCUAUUAAUAAUAUAUCGUAUUCAAUUUUUAUCAACCAACAAUGAAUUGUUAUAGGUAGUAAAUUAUUUAUUUCUCCUCUGCAAUAUGCGAAUAAUCACAAAUAAAUAUGAAAUCGAAUGAAUAUAGUAUUAUUCAUAGAAGAAAGCGUUUUACAAACUCUAAAUGAUCGGGACGAAAGCUUUAUUAAUUAGGCUAUUGCUCUAUGGCACUGAGGUCGUUACAGGUGAAAACCCGAUAGGAUUGUGACACGCCCAGGAUAUAGGCAUUGAUCGUGAGAAGCAAUAUGAAAGUUCGGAAAAUGUUCGAUGCUUGCAUGGGUUGUUGGCCCAGUCGCGCAAUAAUAUUUCUAGAAGAUAAUGAAAGAAUUCAAAGAAUUUAAAUAAACGAAGAACGUUGAAAACCUUUGGACAUAGCUUUCCCUUGUGGGUGAUAAAAUAUCGUGAUACAUUCAGUACUUCCUCUCUCUCUCUUUCUUUCUCUUUUGGAUAUUUUGGAUACUUUGUUUUAUUUCACACGUUUGUCAUCUUCAAUGUACUUUCUUCUUUUGUCUUAUAUUGUUUAUUCCAAGGCAUAAAUAUAUGUUAUUCAAUCUCUUUAUCAUAGCUCUUACACUCUAUAAUCAAGGACCAUCAUUCCAUAAAGGAUUCCACCAUUAUCAAGUCCAAAACUGUCUGUUUUCUUUCCAAAAUUGUUCUAAAUUAUUAAUUCACAUCCAUCAUAUGCCUCGCAAAUAUUUCCCAAGAAGUAAAUACAGUCUUUGUCCAUCUCUGCUUGCCUGUCUUUAGAAGAUUCCAAGUUAACAAGGAAACAUAGAGAAGUCUCCUGACCGAAUUGUAUUUCAAUUAUAAACGAAACAUUUGUUAUUUUAUAUAAGAUGUACGUUAUUUGUAUCUUUUACAUUUUUUUACCAUUAAUCAUCGGUCAUAAUAAUUAAUCUUCGUUUUUUUUUAAAUUUCCGCAUUUAAAUCAAUCAUUCAAAAGUUAAUUCACAUUUACCCUAGGAACUCUUUCUUGGAGAAGGAAGAUUUCUCAUUUUUAUGUUUCAUUCACAAGAGAUUUUUGUUUUCUUUCUUUCAAAGUUCAGUAUUAUCUAUUUUCGAUAGAGCGGUUUUAAAAUAAAUAAUGUUUCGAUAAAAUGUUUCAUCCUAUUGUAGAAAUAUAUUAUAGAAAUAUAUUUCUCUUACGUUACACUAUAUUAUAGCAGUCGCGAAUUGUUUCUUUUUAUAACAUUAAGUGGUAAUUAUGCAGAAGUGAGGCACCACUUUAAAACGACUCUAAUUUUUUUCAUGAUGCGUCUUAUGAAUCAGUAAUGGUUAAACAUGCAAUAUUAUGACGGAGUAAAACCUCCAACAUCAUAAAAAAAUUUUACUGCUGUAAUAUUUGAAAGAAUAAAAUGAGUUCGAAGGUUGAAAAAUCACAAAA